GUGACUUACUAAAUUUUUUUAUGUAUAAACAUCAGUCUUUAAAAUUAACUAUUCGAAAUAGUGCUACUAGUGUUAUUAACGAUACUAAUACUAUUCGGGCUAGUUUCAAGAUUCCAACUAUACGUCCUCAGCACAGUCUUACGAAGUUGGAAAAAUUUUAUGCCGAAUAUAUAAAAGUGAAGACACAUCACAAGAGGGAAAAAAAAUCGAAAGCACAAAAACAGAAUGUUGAAAAGUUUAACCAAAAACUAGAUAAAUUGUUCGAUAUUUCGAAUUCCACAAUGGUUAAGAAUUUGCCAAAAGAGCAGCAACAAUUUCUGAAUGAGUGUCAAAAGGGGAAAACCAAUCUUCACUCACCUGUUACUAAUUUCUUGCCGGUGGAAACUUUUCAGAAUAAAUCUGACACUGAACAGGAGAUAACAAAUGAAGAUAAUGAGAAUAAUACAGACGAAAUUGGCAUGAAAUUAUCGCAACAUUCGAUGCCAGCAAGUUUUUGUAGUCUAUCAUCAAAUUCCAGUGGGUUGAAACGAACAUAUUCUGAUUUUGAGGAUGAACUCCCUGUACCUCCUAAAAAGAAAAAAAUCAAUAUUUUUUAAGAUUUGAUUCAACAUUUUGUGGAAAUUCAAUGCUAGGUAAACUUCAAUGAUUAAUAUCUCAGAAAAUAUCGAUCUUAGUGAUUUGGUGCUAAGGACCUUUU